AUGGAAGCCUCCAUUUUAACCUGCUGGCACCUUUCCGCCACUGACCAUAUCACCAUUAAAUCUGUCCCAUCCCAAGUGGCCAAUGGAGACAACGUCCUUCUUCUUGUCAACAAACUGCCAGAAGAUCUUCUAAACUUUGCCUGGUUUAAAGGCGAGUCAGGCAUGAACCUUGGAAUUGCAAUAUAUGCACCAGACAGAGAUUUAAUCAUGCAAGGGCCUGGAUAUAGCGGUAGAGAGACAGUGUACCGCAAUGGAUCCCUGCUGAUCCAAAAUGUCAAUGAGAAGGACACAGGACUCUACACCCUGCAAACCUUAAAUGAACAUGGAGAUGUUCUGUCAGUAACAACUAUGCGCCUGCAUGUGUACCCCUCCAUUUCUCUGUGUUGUAACCUUCUCACUUCUUCCCAAACCAUGAUCCAACCGGUGCCUCGGUUUCCUGCUGAAGGGGAAGGCGUACUUCUCCAAGUUCAUAAUCUUCCAGAAGAUCUGCUAAACUUUGUCUGGUACAAAUCAAAGUAUGGGACCCCGGUCCUUAAAAUUGUAGAAUACAGCAGAGAUAUGAAUUCCGUCUUCUGGGGGCCUGCAUACAGAGGAAGAGGGAUGGUGUACUAUAACGGAUCCCUGAUGCUCCAGAAUGUCACUGAGAAGGAUGCAGGAAUAUACACACUGGAAGUUUUAAAGAAGAAUUCCAAAAUUGAAAAAGCAUCCGUGGAAUUUAAUGUAAAGAAGAAUGUGUCACAGCCCUUUGUGCGAGUCACUGACACCACAGUCGAAGGACGCAGAUCUGUGACCUUCACCUGCAUCUCACCCGACACUGAUAUCUCCAUCCGUUGGAUCUUCAACAACCGGAGUCUGCAUCACUUAGAAAGGGUGACUCUGUCCCCUACAAAGUGUGGACUCAGAAUAGAUUCUGUUGGGCGGGAGGAUGCAGGAGAGUAUAAGUGUGAGGUCACCAAUGGCGUCAGUUUGAAGACCAGUCUCCCAGUCUGGUGGCCAUGA